AUGCGAUUCCUACAGCUGUUGGGCGUGCUCGUGGCGGUGGUCUUUGGCGAAGCGUUCAACAUCACCACCAACGACGAGAUAGACACCUCCAACAACUCCAACAGCAGCAGCAGCAGUAGUUGGAACGAUCGACCAGACAGUGAUCGGGUGCUGUCGAGAAGAAAGCGCUUCGUGGUGUUUCCCGAGGGUUCCAGUUUUUCCGUGGCCGUAUGCAUGACGAUCGGGUUGUACGGUAACCCGAACUACCAGUUCGUGAGCUGGGCGCUUAACUGGGGCAUCGCGUACAACCUACCAAAUCAAACGGUUAGCUUCCAGAAGGAGAUGACGGAACCAAAACCGAUGGUACAACGACGAUAUCGGCGUGAUCUUUACCAACGGCUGGAGGUUAUCAUGGACAGCAUGGGGUAUGCCGGACGAGAUUGUAUUCUGCGAGCGAUGUGCGAAAGCCCGCAGUACUUCGGCUCCCGUGGUGGUAACAUGAUCGCGGAGAUGUUACGCACGUUGUUCAGCUUCCCGAAGCAGAAGGUGCUCUCGUUUGAGCCCACCGACCACCGGUUGUAUGAUGAGGCGCACCGAAAGGGCCGUAAUAUGGCACCAUGCCGGUCACUGUACGAUCGCUGUCCAUUCUCACUGCUCGAGCUGGCCCUCGGCAGGUAUUCGACCCCGCACGGGUUCAUGUGA